UUUGAGAAUGCAAUGAGAGAUCCUCGGAUUGAUCGAGCAGUGGGUCUCUGCAAAAAGCUGGUAAGCAGUUUCUCUUACAGCUGGCGACGUAAAAAGCAGCUGACGGAGGCACAAAGAGAACUGAAGCUUCCAGAACAUACACUGAAGACUGAGUGUCCCACAAGGUGGGGAUCAAGGCAAGCAAUGAUUGCACGAGUCCUGGAGCAGCAGAGGGCGAGUUCUCAGGUCUUGUCCGAUGACAGAAAAGCCAGACACCUCAUCCCUACCUGGCAGGACACAGAUGUCCUUGAGGCCAUAAACAAAUCCCUCAGCCCUCUAUUGGAAUUUACUGAUGCGCUUUCCAGUGAGAAGUAUGUCAGCGUUUCCUUUGUGAAGCCAGUCCUCCACCUUUUCAGAUCCUCCAUCUUGAAAGUGAACGAUGAUGAGACAGACCUAACCUGCACCAUCAAGACAAAAAUCCUGAGCUAUCUGGAUGAAAAAUACAAUGACCCUCUGACACAAGAACUGCUUGAUAUGGCUUCUGUGCUAGAUCCACGGUUCAAGCUCAGCUACGUCAGUGAGGACAAUGUUGCACCAAUUCAUGCCAGACUGACUUCUGAAAUGGCGAGGACUGCACCUGCAGCCAUGGCUGAGAUGGGCCCAACAACUGAUCCCCAUGGUGAGACUGCUGAGGAUGCACCCACUACAAAAAAGAAAAAAACCUUGGGGAGUUUCUUCAAGACUACUGAGGGAGCAGCGGCAGCCACACAAAGACUCAGUCCUCUCCAAGAACAACAAGCUAUAUCUUCUGAGCUACAGUCGUACCUACAAUCAGGUAACCUAGACAGUGAGGAGGACCCGCUAGACUGGUGGAGGGAACAUCAGAGACUCUUCCCACGUCUCUCAAAACUGGCAAAGAAAUACUUGUGCAUCCCGGCUACAAGUUCUCCCUCUGAGAGGGUGUUCAGCACAGGGGGGAAUGUGGUGACCUGCCUUCGCUCAUCCCUCAAGCCAGAAAAUGUUGACAGGCUAGUGUUUCUUUCCAAAAACCUGUAAACUACAGUACUCUUUUCGGCAUAGUACUUCUACCUUGAAAUGUUCUUAUUUGGUUACAUUCUGUUAUGGAAUAUUUGUUUCUUAUUGAUUGUAUAUUUUAUUUUUAGUUUUAUUCACAUCCAUUAUGCAGGUACAACUUAAGUUUAUAUUUUGCUUCCUAAAAUAUAUUUACACAUUGUAAAAUGUAAAAUAGUGCCCUGUUGAAGUUUUGCUACAUUUUCUUUAUUGUUUUAAUUUAUUUUUAUUUAUUCUUUAAGGAGAUUCACUGAAUUUUGGUCAAUAAGAGGACCUAUUUUAUUUUGAUGCACAUAUCUGUACAUUAGCAGGAAUGUUGCACAAUAUGGAUGUGAAGGCAGUAAAUGUAAUUAGCUUGUGUGACAAUAAAAAAUUGUUUUGGUUAAAAUCAACAA